AUGGCGCGAAGAGUCUUCAGACCGAUGAUGCUGCCACUGGCGAUGCUCCAGGCCUUCUUCAUGAUGGCACUUAGUGGCCUGUGGCUGUGGCUCUUCGGCGUGUUUUGGACAUUCAUGGUCAUCGAGCUGCCAAAGGACCUGGGUCCCUACAGUCAGAUGAGCUCGCUGUCCAUGUUCCUGAUGCGAGCCUUCCCAAUGAAAGAGACCAACGAUGUCAGCUACGAGUUCAAGUUUGACCAUGUGCUGAUACUCGCCUGUGUCUUUGUGAUCAUGAUGAUGGGGUGGGCUCCGACGAGGACAGAGAUCGAGGAGGAGGAUGACAAGGAGCUGGCCAAGGCGAACAAGAAGACCAAGGCCAAGAAGCUCGCCAAGGCUCUUAGCUGA